AACUGCCUCGGCGUCUUCCCUUUUCAGCUUUCGCUACCACUGGAAACCGUCGAUCCCCACCACCAACCUCCCGCGCGCAUUCCCCACUUGAUCCCUCCCGAGCUGGCUCAGGCUGUCCUCAUGUGCCAAAAGUCUCGUCCCAUGUGACCCUCCAAUUCCAAUUCCCAUCCAUCUCCAUCUCCAUCUCCAUUUUCUCCCCUGCACAAGCUACCCAGCACGGUGUCACUGCCACUAUAAAACAAAACUGAAAGCGCCGGCGCCCGGGCAAGAGCACGCGCACGCACUAGCUCAGAGAGCUAGCGAGAAGAGCUAGCUGCCGUGCACAUUGCGCCUCGUGGAUCGGCUGGCCGUGUCGCAUGGCGCAGCUGCCUCCCAGGAUCCCGGCCGCGGUGCACCACUGGCCGGAGGGUGGCCAUCACGGCGCGCCGGCGUGGGCGGAUGACUUCGCCGAGUUCGCGGCGUCGCGGCGGGGAGCGCAUCGGAGGUCGCUGAGCGACUCGGUCGCGUUCGUCGAGGUGGCGCCGGCGGACGGCGGGGCCGGGGAGUUCGACAGGCUCGACGACGACCAGCUCAUGUCCAUGUUCCCCGACGAGGCCGGAGGGUCGGCGUCCGCGCCGGGGUCCGAGAACGGGGGCAGCAACGACAGCGACGGCGACAAGCGCGGCGCCACCGGCAAUGGCUGCCAUGAUGGGCAGAACGAGGGCGCGGGGUCACAGGCGCCGGCGACGGGACAGCCCGCCGCCGCCGCCUCGGAGACGGAGCUGAUCCGAGACCCCAAGAGGGUCAAGAGGAUCCUGGCUAAUCGGCAGUCGGCUCAGAGGUCGCGGGUGAGGAAGCUGCAGUACAUCUCCGAGCUCGAGCGCAGCGUCACGACCCUGCAGAAUGAAGUAUCCGUACUGUCUCCCCGGGUGGCAUUUCUGGAUCAGCAGCGGACGAUACUGACGGUCGGCAAUAGCCACCUCAAGCAACGAAUCGCAGCUCUUGCACAGGACAAGAUUUUCAAGGAUGCUCAUCAAGAGGCGUUGAGGAAGGAGAUCGAGAGGCUGCGGCAGGUGUAUGAGCAGCAGAACCUCAAGAUGUCAGCUGGUGCUCCCGCUUCCGACCAUGGGCCGCCUCCGCUGCGUGCAGAGAAAGAGCUCAUGAGCUAGCCUCUGAUCCAUGCCUGUCCGCUGUGCAGUCUGCCUUAUCAUUAACCUGCAGGGAACAUUGCAUCAUGUUUUUUUUUCAGAUUUUGUGGAUGUUUUCUUUUUCUUUUUUCUCUUUUUCUUAUUCUUCCAUUGACAUGUGCAUUCUUUGUAUGUUAACUCGGAUUUGGUUUACUGUGCAAAUUGUGAACCGUCAUAUAAAUCAUUUUUCAAGCAUUACAUCUUCUAUGGA